CCGCGCGCUGCUGCUCCCAUUGCGCAGGCUCAGUAGAGAAUCUGCCGUUGCAGGGGCGGGGCUUCUGGAAGCUUCUGGGCAGGGCGCUGGGGUGACGGCGCUUGGCCGGGAUCCUCGGACACAGCGCAGCUGAUUCAGACAUAGAAGGCAUGAGAAUAGCUUGAACAAACAACAUGAGAUAAAAGCUGAAAGGGGGAAUAAAAACACAAGGCAAAUAAAGGAAGGUCAUUGCAUAUCUUGGAGCAGUGAAAUACUUGUGGAUUACAUCAGUUUUAAUUGCAUUGCUGAAGAGGACUUCAGUUGAUAACAAUGAUUGAAGUUUUGAUAUUAAAGAUUGAAGAUCCAGGUUGCUUUUGGGUCAUUCUGAAAGGAUGUGGAUCUUUUGUAGACAAUGAAGUGGAAUAUAGAAAACUGCACGCUGAAAUGAAUCAGUUCUAUAACCAAUCUUGUAGAGAUGUGGAUGAAGUAAAGCCAUUAAUGGUAGAAGAAGGGCAGGUGUGUGUGGUUUUUUGUCAGGAACUGAGAUGCUGGUGUAGAGCAGUUAUUAAGACAAUCAUGUCCUGUACGGAGCAUUGCCUGGUAGAGUGCUUCCUUGUGGAUUAUGCCAAGUAUAUUCCAGUUAAAACAAGAGACAUUCGGGUUGCAGUGGAAGCAUUUAUGCGACUCCCAUAUAGAGCAAGAAAGUUUAGAUUAUACUGUAUAAAGCCAGUGACGUUGCACAUCAACUUCUGUGAAGAUACUGCAGAAAUAGUACCUGCUAAGGCUUGGGAUGGUGCUGCUAUUCAGUACUUCCAAAAGCUGCUCAGAGAAACCACACAGAUUGAAGCCAAGUUAUGUGCUAUAGAAGAUGAACACUUUGAUGUUUAUCUUUAUGUAACAGCACAGGAUGAAAAGGUAUGUGUUAAUGAUGAACUUGUUGCAAAGAACUUUGCUUGUUAUAUGUCUACUGAAGAGAACACAAAUAAUCCUGCAAAUAAACCAAGCAAGCAGUCCCCAUUAAGUCUUGUGGGUUUUCCAGAAAAAGUGAUCAAUCCUGUACUUGCUCUUUGGCCAGUGCUCUUACAGGGAAAGGCACCCAAAAACCUAAAAACAGGGCACACUGCUUCAAAUCCUCUUCUGGAAAAGAAUUGUAAAAAUCUUUCAACUACAUCUUUUAAUGGACAUAUGGAGUCUACUGUUGGUGUGUUUCUGGGCUUUCCUUUUAAAGAACAUAUAACUAUUUCUGGUCAGACAGACAGUGACUUACUUGAAAUCAUAUGUAAGAAACAACUGAAAAAGGUAGAACAUGAUGAAAAGAGUGGCUGUGUAAAGCUUCUGCAGUUUUUAAAUCCUGAUCCUUCGAAAACAGAUCAUUUUGAGAAUGAGAAACAGGAGUUUCUAAAGGUCAGUGCAGAACAACAUUUUGUUUUUAACAAGAAAAUAGAACCUUGUUCAUCUCUUGAAACAGCACCACUUCUUGUUAAUCUGAAAAAGGAGCUUCUCUGGAAUAAGUUUCAAGGCCCUACUUUCACACAGUCUUAUUGUUGGCCACCUAUAGCUCGUGGAUGUGAUGUAGUUGUCAUCUCUCAUCAUGGAAAUGAUCCUCUGUUGUAUAUUCCACCAAUUCUUACAUUUUUGCAAUCAAGAGGCUGCUACAAGUCAUUGCCAAGUGGGAAUGGUCCAACAACACUAAUUGUGUGUCCUGGAUGGAAGAAAGCACAACUCAUUUUUGAAUUACUGAAAAAAUACGGCAGAUGUUCCAGACCGUUGCAUCCAUUGUUGUUAUUAGUUGGACUGAAUAACGAAGAGGUCAAAAAUAUGAAACUUCAACAAGGAUGUGAAGUGAUUGUAACCACACCAUACAGCCUUUUAAGACUGCUUGAACACCAUAGCUUGUUAUUACUUAGACUUUGCCAUCUUGUUCUUGAUGAGGUUGAGGUACUGUUAUCAGAAGCCAGCAAACAAGUAUUUAUGAUCCUAGAAUAUUAUAGGAAAACAAUCCCUGUUGCAGGGAGGGAAUCUGCACCACGUCAGAUUGUUGUUGUUGGAACUCGUUGGAAUAAACAUAUAGAACAUGUAACAAGAGAGUUCAUGAAUGAUCCUUAUAUUGUGAUAACAUCUAUGGAAGAAGCAUCCAUAUAUGGAAAUGUUCAACAGGUAGUGCACCUUUCUUUGGACUGUGACAAAAUCUCUGUAUUACUCAGGAUAUUGGAUUUCACCCCUAGUAAUGCUCAGAAGACCUUGAUUUUCACUAAUUCUGUGGAUGAAACAGAAAUGGUUUAUAGAGCAGUGGAGAGCAGUGCAAUAUUUUGCUUAAAAAUACACAAGGAAAUUGAGUAUCAUUUUAAAUAUGUUGAAGAGCAAUGGAGAAAAAAAUUUAGUCCUGGCACUCAUGUUGUGUUAGUUUUAACUGAUGACUGCAUGAAAUACUUGGGAAUUACUGAUGCAACUUGUGUGGUACAUUUCAGUUUUCCAUCCUCUCCAAGCGUUUUUGGUAUACGCUUACACAGCAUGUCUGAUAACUUUCGAAGUGGCAUAGAAAAGAGUUCUUUGAAAGAUGACAAAUUUACAAAGGCAAAAUCCAUCUUGUUGCUGACUGAAAGAAAUGGAUGCCACGCAGGUGGUGUGCUGCAUUACUUGGAACACACAGAUGCUAAAAUUCCACCAGAACUGAGUGACUUUACAGCUGGAGUGCUCAAAGCUAAAGAAGAUAUGAAACUAGCAAGGCCUGUUUGUCAUUAUCUUAAAACACUUGGGGUUUGCAAAAAUAUGAGGAUAUGUCCAGAUCGGCAUCAAGUUAAUUUGCAAAUAGAUUUCCCUCCAAAGUCUUCAGAUCAAAUUACAUCAGCAGUUGGAUAUAUCACAAUACUACCUCUCCACAUUGUGGAUGCAACAAACUACUUUGGUCGCAUAGUAGAUAAGAAAGAGGAUCAAUAUGCAAUUCUUGCUGUAGAAAUGGACAAGUAUUUUAAGAAAGCCAGUAAUAAAGUAUCAGUUGAAAUGGUGAAGAAACUAUCAUUGUAUGGAUUACACGAAGAGAAGAUUUUUCAUCGGGUUCAAGUAUUAGAGAUCUUUCCAAAAGAAGAAAAUGGCUUUUUCUAUAAUGUUACUAUCAAGUACGUAGAUGAAGGUAGAACUGGUCAGGUUCAAGGCCAUCAGUUAUUUCCCUUACCUGCAGAAUUUCAGAGUUUGCCCCCUCAGGCAGUGGAAUUCAUUGUUUGUAGAGUAAAACCUAUUGAUAAUGAAACUGAAUGGAACCCAAAGAUUACUAGAUAUAUUCAUCAGAAAAUUAAAGGAAAAUUGCAUGAAGCAAGAGUGGUGCUUACCUUGGGAAAUACAGUUUGGGUUGAUCCAAUGGUCCAGGUCACCAGACUUCCAGAUUUGAAGAUUUCUGUUAACGAAUACAACAUUAGAUCUGAGAUUUUGUCUAUGGGAAUGGGAACUGAUAAUCCAGAACACAUAAAACAACUCCAAAAAUUGUGUGAAUCUGCUAAAAUGUUAGCUCCUGAGAAAAAGACCUUGCAGACUUCUAUUAGGGACGUGGCCAGUCCGCAGAGGGAGCCAGAACAAGAUGUGGACAGUGUGCAGAGCCCAUUAUUAGGAGAAAAAUUGUCUGAAAAUUGCAAUUUCUCCCAAACUAUUUUGGAUCAAAGUGGUCCCAUAGCCAAAAUUGAGGUGGAAAACUCUACACAGCAUCAUCAUAAAUGUUUCUAUCCGGAAAUUAAAUGGUUUCAAAAGGAAGAUACCGUUACCAUGAAGAUAAAAAUAAGAAAUGUAACUGACUGUAAAUGUGAGUUUUUGAGAAACAGGGUUAUUUUCAGUGCUUUUUCAGAAGACAAGUUUUAUUUGGUGGAUACAGAGCUGUAUGAAAAUAUACUUACUGAAAAGUCUGUAUGUGAGGUUAAGAAUGAAGAACCUGUGAUUAUCCUUGCAAAAGAAAAGAAAGAAUCAUGGCUCAAGCUGCUAAAGUACAAGAAUCCUAAUGUGUCUUUUGACUUUGAACAUUGGGAAGAUUGUGGAGAUGAAAGCCCCUUUCCAGUUGGUGCUGAAAAAUUACAUCAUCCUGCUACACUAGCAAUGGAAGAAAUGGAGGAAUCCUCGGACAGUGAAACAGAAAGUGGUGACUAACCUGCAGAAUCAAUCUUUGUCAGUCCCUUUUCUUUCAACCCACAGUGGGUAGACACACCUGCAUUUGAACCACUUUCAAAAGGACAGCAGCUGUUAUGUUUCAAUACAGGGGUGGGCCACUUAAGGAGUUUUGGUGAGCGCUUGAGGUGCAGGGGUAGGGAGGGGCUGACCCAGCUGCAAUGCCCUGUCACAGCUGUUCACACUACCCAGUGUGGGGUGUGGCCUGGGAAGAUGCCAGUUUAUCCUAUCUGUCCCAGGCCUGUCUGCCCUGCACCCACCACCGGGAGUGCCAGAUACAGCAGGUGGCCAGGGGCUCCACGGAGAUCAACCCAGGACCCCUGUGGGCAGGGUACACUCCGUCAGGCGGAUGGGAUG